AUGGCGAAACUGCUGGCAACGUUCAAAGCCACCGUGACAAGGAUACUGUUUGCCGCCCACGGGUUUAUUGCGAUCUGGCAGGUGACCCAAAACAAGAAGGAACCCAUCUACUGGUGUCUGUGCGCUCCGAUCGGUGUACUCUUUAUCGAAGGCAUCUUUACGUUGGCGAUCAAGAAGAAUCAGGAAUGGCGCUGGUUCUGUCCAUCGGUUUUUCUCUACCUGUCCAGUAUCGUUCCCGCCAUUUGGCUGCUGGAGCUGGACAAGCUGGACAAGCGAACACGCUACCAGGAUCAGAUGCUGAACGAAACCAUCAAUCUUGCCGCUACGGUCGGGAAGGACCUGAAAGACCUGAACAAGAUGUUGGGAGUCAAGAUACAGCUGCCCGACAUACAGCUAACGGCGGAGAUGUGGGUCACACUGAUCGAGCAGUUUCUCAUGCUGGUGCUCAUCAUCGGCCGGUGGAUGUUGCCGAAAGGGGAUCUCACCCGGGACCAGCUGAGCCAGCUGCUGCUCGUGUACAUCGGUACGGCGGCGGACAUUAUCGAAUUUUUUGACUCCUUCAAGGAUGCGAAGAUAGCGAACGAACCGGUGCUGGUGCUACUGACGCUAAGCAUUUGGUCGUGGUCGUUGCUACAGUUUACCAUCGUGCUGUCGGCUACGAGGGCUCGCAAGCCACGGGGCGGUGGCAGUCAACCGAGGGCCGGCCAGGACGGGACGGAUGAUGCGAGCUGCUGCAAUGUGGCCUGCUGUAACAUUGAUGUGUGGGGAAUUGCGCUUAACAUUUUGCUGCAGGACGCACCGUUCCUUACCUUCCGAUUGCUUAUCAUCGUGCACUACAAAAUCAUCACCUACAUGAACAUCUUCUUCACCUGCAAAAACACGCUCGUGAUACUGCUGCAACUCUACCGACUGUACGUGGUAAAUUCGGAGAACCGGAAAGCGGCGGCCAACAAGAAACGGUUGAAGAUGCGCGCCAAGGCAGAACAACAGUUAUCCGCGAGGCAACAGAAGCAACGGAAAAUUAGCAAAAGGUCGUCCUCGUCCCGCAAGGACACUGGCUACUCGACUGCCAGCAGUCAGACUACGGCCGAGCAGCGGCGUCAGCGGAAGGGUGUGACGGUGAAACCGCGGCCCGGUACCGAGUCGGAUGAGGACGAUCCACCGCUCCACAGUGAUGGCGGUGCGGAUGAUGAUGGCCACCUGUCAGAGGGCGAACAAAGGGGUCGUCCGGGUAAAGGCGUCGAACGUCGGUCAAGGGAUGGAAAGGACAGAAAAUCUUCCACCAGUCGCCACCAUACGACGGACACGAAGCAGGGCGGGAGCAGUCGUCGCAAGCAACGAACCUCCUUCGACAGUGAUCGUAGCGAGGAUGGCAAGACGGGCACCGAAACGCGCCAUCAACGUAAACGACGCCACGGAACCGAAUCGGCCGCCGGUGGUGGUAGCUUCGAGAUAAUCCACGAAAAAUCGUCCAGCGGACGGAAGAAAAAAUCGAAACCUCCACCACAACUCGACAAGUCACCUCCACCACCACCACCACCGCCGCAGGAAGCAUCCUUCACAGGAUCAUCCUCACCAGCCACUGGCAGCAGUGAAUCUUCUUCCGGAUCGGAAUAA